AUGCGAUUCAUGCCCAGUCCAGAUGCGUGCAUGCAGGGGGGGUGGCAGGAAGAGGGGUUGAGGGGGAGGGAGCGGGUGUUGGCAUCCCUGCGAUGUGUCGGGGAGCAUGCUGGGCACGCCCAUGCAGGUGGCCAUUGCACUGUUGCUGCUCGUGAGCGAGAGACGCUGGUGGAGCGCGUGAGGAGCGUGCGUCGCAUGCCCUGGGGCGUCAACACCAACUUCCAGGCGGUGUUUGACCUACUGCUGUCCCGCACUCGGCAGUUCCAGCUAGACCUGGCUGACAUGGUGCAGCGCCUGCAUGUGUUCUCCGACAUGCAGUUUGAUGAAGCGGGCGAGGCCAGUGGGGCCGACUGGGAGACGGACCACCAGGCGAUCAUGCGCAAGUUCACUGCGGCGGGUUACCCUGUGCCGCAGAUAGUGUAUGGGAACCUGAAGGGUUAUUCUUGUGAGAACAGCACGCCGGUGCUUGCGAGUGAGGAUGGGGUGGCGCUGGUGUCUGGGUUCAGCAAGGGGAUGCUGCUGACGGUGUUUGAAGGCAAGGGGAUUACUCCCAUGAUAGUGCUCGAGGAGGCUAUCAAGGGGAGUCUUUUUGAGCUCACUCAGGUUGUGGAUUAA